GGCAAUGCUACAAUCCAUAUUGGCCAGAAUCUAGGCGCAUUGUGUGUAUCCUAUAGAAACCUAAUCUGACACUUUCUGUUUUUCUUCCCCUUGGUAGGAUAAUUAAAUUUAAAAUGCACAAAAUGGUUAUCGACGCAGUAAAAUGGUGCUUUACGCCACAUAAAACGGAUGACGUCGAUGAAGCACUUGAUGAAGUUCUAACUGGGGAAGACUUGCUGAAGAUGUUAAAAGUACAAGAUGAAGGCAGCAGUGAAAAAGGCAGUGAUCGAAGUGGCAGUGAUGAAAGUGAAAGUGCAAGUGGCAGUAGUGAAUCUGGCAGUAAUGCCAGUAAUAGUAGCACUAGUGGCAGUGAUGAAAGUGGCAGUAAUGCCAGUAAUAGUAGCACUAGUGGCAGUGAUGAAAGUGGCAGUAAUGCCAGUAAUAGUAGCACUAGUGGCAGUGAUGAAAGUGGCAGUAAUGCCAGUAAUAGUAGCACUAGUGGCAGUGAUGAAAGUGGCAGUAAUGCCAGUAAUAGUAGCACUAGUGGCAGUGAUGAAAGUGGCAGUAAUGCCAGUAAUAGUAGCACUAGUGGCAGUGGAAUCAUUUAA